AUGUUCGUUCCUAAGGCCGGUGGUCGCACCACUCGUCGACGCCAACGCACGAGCUCAGAUGACUCUGUAAACCCCCCAAAGGCGAAGAGGCAGCGCUCAGUUCUUCGGCGCCCAGAUGAAUCUCCGUCCGACAUCAGCUUAGGACGUGAGAUUGCAAAAUUGAUACCCUCCGUACCAAAUGGUGACAGCGCCCCUACGGACCCGUCUAAUACCGAUUCGCAUAUAGCUUCCCGGGCGAUUAAGCAGAGCGAUGCGUUUGAAAACAACGAAGGAACAAUUGUCUUGUCAAGCACCGAUUUUUACACCGUCGAUCAAUUGCCAGCAUUGCCAGAUCAAAUUCGUGGCUUACAAUCAGAACCCCUCAAGUGCUUUUUUGGGCCAGGUCAUGACCAUGCCCUAGCUUUGACCCGCUCACACGCGAUUGUGUGGCCGUAUUCCGCACCCACUUCUUCCCCAUCCCCAUCGGAGACUUUCACGGUAUCGAUUCCAGAGUCAUGCAGAGACCCCAAAGGCGCAGUCCCACUAGGAGUUUUGUUGUCCACGGCUAUGGGAGAACAUCCCGGUCUCUUGGUGAUCAUUCCCUCUACGGGAAAGGUCGUUUACUGGGAGACCGUAUCCAGUGCCGCGUCACUUGGUUUGUCCCGACAAAAGCAGAAUGGCAUUCAAGGAUCCACCCCCGGCAUGCUUUCGGGUGAAUGCGCGACAGAAAUCUUGAACGUGGAGCCGUCGGGAAUUAUCGCAACAUUUUCCUCCGGGCGAGUCGCACACAUCACCUUAAGAGACCCCCAAGGGAAGCCCUCCGUAUUUGUCAAUUUCCUUCGGAGCACUGCAGGAAACGGAAGUGGUGGAUUACUUGGAGGCAUCAAAAACGUCCUGGGAGGCGGGUAUUGGAGAAAAGAGGUCACCGCCGUCCGAGCUGGGGGUUCGCACCAGCGCGGUCAACGUGAUGUGAUCAUUGCAACCUCAACUGGGCUCAUAGAGAUCUGGGACACGCACUGGAAUCAUGGCAACACUCUCAAGAAAAGAUAUGACGCCAAGGACGACAUCCUGGCUGCCCUUCCCCAAAUUCACAUGAAAUCCGCCAAUUCUGUUAAUGACCUCCAAGUCAUGGAUUUUGCUUUCUCUGCAUUGCAGUCUUCCGAUGAUAGUCAAGGUUCUGAUGGGUCCUGGCACCUCCUUUUGGUUGUAAGGUCACCUCAAUGGUCAGAAAGCAAGGCACUGUUUGUCGUUCAAGUUCAACUAUCAGGAUCAUCCCGCUGUCGUGUUAUUUCCACCCAUGCAGUGGAUCUUCAUCAUAUUCCUGCACAUAUGCUUGACCAGUCGAAACCUAAGAUAUUUGCGCCGAAACCAGAAGAGACAGCUUUCAUCCUCAUUGGUCAAUCUCUCGUGGUCUUGUCGUUGACAUCGACACUCGAAGAAACACCAUCUUCCCAACUGCUUCUCGAUUCAAAUAAGCUACCCCUUCCUUUUCAAGAUACCAUCCACCUGCGGUCUGGCAAGGACCACGAGAUUCUGGGAUACAUAGCAGAAGACCAAUCUAGUGAUUCAUCUUGCGCAGCAUGUGUGCUUAUGCUGCGGAAUUUCGGAGUGAUACGUGUCACAGUACUGCCUCGCCCGGAAACUUCAAAUGACGAUGUCGAUGAGCCUCAGGUCACAGCAAAGCACAAGCUUGAGCAAGCCGUUUUCUUCGGUACAAUGGCAAAAAACCCGCUGAAUCUAUCCGGCGAAAGUGACUUGAACUUCCCUCCAUCAGAAAUGGAGCAAGCCUCCUUGGAAAUCUGCAGCGAACUACUCCGAUCCUCAUCCCGCUUCAUUCCCACCACUGCUAUCUCUCUGGAGCAGAAUCUUCGACUGAGAGCGAAAGCCUUGGAUGACCUUGCGUCAUUACUAUUGAAGAAUGGAAACCCGCUAAGCAGACCGGCGAGGUGGGAGCUUCUUUGGGCUGCAGAAAAGAUCGCUGCGCAAAGAGCCAUGUGGAAAGUCCAAGAGUCGUUCAAAUCGAAAACCUUGGACGGGGAGGAGCCGUUUCUAAAUCUUGUCAUCGGAGCCAUGAAUGAUAAAUUUAAGACUCCACUCAACCCAUCUCAAGGAGAGGCUGACCCUGUGCGACAAUGGUUCCUGCGUGAUUCCUACCGCAUGGAGCAUAUCAUCCCAUGGAUAAAAAAUGCAAUCAAGCGCCGUCGGGGCAACACUUCCAUCAAUGCGCGAACCUUAUCGGAUCAGAUACUGGAGGCCAGCGAGCUAUUUCUGGCUGUCACGCAAACUGCUUUCCGAUAUCGCGACGAGCAUAUCGUGUUAUAUGGCCUAAGUGAGGACUUCUUGGAAGAUGGAGUCCUGUCCGAUGGAUAUGAGGAUCUUCCCGAGUUUUGGACCUCACGAGGUGUUGGUUAUUCCGAAGCAGGACAUUUGCUCGAUUUGGAACUUGACAGCUGCCGGUCAUGGAAGGCUCCGACCUCCACUGCAGAUGCUCCCGACACCCAGGUUCUGAAUCAAGUUGCACGAAACAGUUAUCGUCAUCUUCAUGUGAUCGGACAGAUGCACCUUGAACGAACUCGCUGGCUUUCAGCACAGGGGGAUCCCAAGCUUAUGGACGAGAGUGUCUCAAUCGAUCAAGCCCAUAUUGUAGACCGCAAGUGGCAACUCUUCAAAUUGGCUGGCAUUGGACAUCUUCACGAUGCCAUCCAACUGGCCGAAGGCUUCCGAGACAUGGGAGCGUUGGUCGAGCUAAUCGUUGAGCUUCACGACCAAGAAAGGAGCUCCUCAGAUAUCUCCUCGGGUCAAACUGGAAUUGAGGCCUCACAGCUGGUUUCAAAAUACUUUGACAAGUUUGGUGAUAUAUGGGCAGAUGCAUACUUCACCCAGCAACUGGCGAUGGGCUAUCCGGGGUCACUCUUGAUGCGAGACUACCAAUCUGCCGUGACCCGGUUCCUUCGAAGAAAUCCUGCUUACUCCCGUCUAAGCUGGAUUAACGAUGUGACCGGCGAAGAUGAUUAUGACACAGCCGCGGCUUCAUUGGAGAAUCUGGCACUGGAUAUGGAGAAAGACCUAUGGAGCCACCGCGUGGAGAUUUCUCUCGCCAAGCUGGGAAAACUAGCGACACAGGAGCUCCAGCAAUCACCAGCUCAAAUCUCUACUUUACAGGAAGAUAUAAAACGUCUUGAAGAUUAUGUUGAAGUUGACGGGAUUCAAGACAUCUUAUAUGGAUACAUUCAGCCGACCUGGCAGGGUGCGAUUGACAGAAAAGCUGAAGCUGAACUAGCUCUCGAUUUCUAUGGAAGCCACCUCUUCGAAGAUCGACCAUCGCUUCACGAAAUAUUGAGUGAAGCGCUUUCCACCUUGGUCAACAGACAAGUUGUAGGUGCUGACGGUCUCAUUGAUCUCUUGACAUUGAUAGGUCCUACCCAGCCCACAGAUGACAGAGAUGGUGAGCUUGUGAAAAGUGAGUUCCACCUCGCAUUGCAAGUAUUGGAUUAUGGCCGCUAUGGUCAGCGAGAUCCCUCGUACCUCAUGGCUCUGCGGAGGUUGAUCUGGCGACGUUGCUUGAUCAAAGACGAUUGGGUGGCUCGAGGCAAGGAUGCCGAGAAACCCAAUGGCCAUUCAGACAGCUACAUUGGCGAUACUGCGCUUUACCGAUCACUGAUCGCAUGUCUAGAAGAGCCAAGGGCUGGUGUUCGAUCUGUUUACAUGCCUCUCUCCCCCGCGGAAGCUCUGAUGGCGGAUUCUGAUGCCGAUAUUAUUGUGUCGCGUUUCCGCUCGGAACAAAAGUCUCGAGUAGCCCUCGAUCUCCAGGCCGAGAAUGAUAUCCUGCUUCGGUACAUUGAGGUCGGAAAGCUUGACUUCUGGUUCCAAAACCUGCGCGAAACUGCAGAGGCCCAAUCUUCAGUCCCCAAUGGUACUAUGAAUGGCGAAGAUAUUACAGAAGCGGAUGUUUGA